AUGUUGCAAGCACAGCUACUUAAAAUUUUGCACCUGUUUGUGAUCUAUAAAGCACUAAAGGUGCAUUUACCAAAUACGAGUGUUUCAGUACUCGAUUUGGUUUUAGCUUGUUUGGUGUUGAUGGGAAUGGCGAACCAAAUGGAUCGGUGUUCCGCAUCCACCUCAGUCUCCGACAAUACUCUCGUGUCGGCCAAAUCGAGUUAUUACC